AUGCUCCGCAGCCCCUUCUCCCGCCUGCGCCGCCAGGAGAGCCGCCAGGCGCGGCGCACCGAGCCAGGUUGCCCUUUGGAGCCCCUGGGUGCCUCAGGGCCCUCCGUAGCAUCUGGUCAAGAGGACAAUAGAGGCCGGAAAGCGGCUGCUGUUCCUUUGUCCAAGAAGCAGAACUGGACCAGGUUGGAGUCAAGUGUCCCCAGCAGGAAGCCAUGCCUCUCAAGCGCGCCACAAGCACCGGCGGCCCAGGAUGAAACACCGUCUCCGGAGAGCCUUCCCCUCGCCACCGCGACGGCCAUCAGGCCCAGGGAGGCUGCUGAGACACUGACCGGCCCCAUGGAGGCUUGCGGCUCCAGCGCAGGCCUCAAGUGCAGCAGCCAGGGUGCUUACUUGCAGAGCCUGGAGAGGAGCAGCCGGGACUGGGUGCUCUCCUCGGGGAAAGCCCCAGGGGCCGACGAGCCAGCCGGUGUCUCCGGCGCCGAGCGGAAGGCCUCCAUCACCAUCUGCAGUCGCGAAGGGGAGAUCUGGUACAACCCCAUCCCGGAGGACGAGGACCCGCGGCCCCCGUAUCCUGAAAGGGCGAGGGGCAGCGGUGUGGGGAACAAGGAGGCGAGGAAGAAGAGGCUUGGGGAGGGCGAAGCUGUGCAGGAGGGGGCCUCGCGGCGGUCUCCGCCGAGCCAGACAAAGCCAGCGACGCAAGCUGAGGAGUGGAGCAGGCAGCAGCACCAGGCAUGUGGAAAGGUGCCAGUCUCACGUGCGGGUCCCGAAGAAAGGACAACGGGCGCCGUAUCGACGUCCCAGAGCCCCGGCGCCCAUAAGAAGGACCCCCUUCUCUGCAAGACAAAGUCCCCAGGCCCAGUGCGAAGCCUCUCCAUGAAGAUGAAGAAGCUGCCGGAGCUGAGGCGAAGGCUAAGCCUGCGCAGCUUCCGUCCCCGGGGGCCAGAGGCGGAGGGGGGCUCUUCCCCCAAGGAGUCGCGCAAUGUCAUCAGCCGCUACCACCUGGACAGUAGCGUGGCUUCUCGGCAGCACACAGCCCGGGGAGCAGCCGUGACCAAAGGGGACUCCUUGAGCGGCGGCGAUUCCCCCGAGCUCCUGGCCAGGACUGACAAUGCAGGCAUGGGGCUCGAAGGCGGCUCCUUCCAGCCCUACAGAUUCGCCGAGCAUCCCGGUUGUCUGCAGCAUAUCUCCGGGGUCGUCAGCGUCCACCUGCUGGGGGUGCAGGACUUCAGGCCCCCCAGAGCUGAAGCCAAGGAGGUCUUCUGCGCCCUCCAAGUGGACUCGGUCAACAAGGCCCGGACGGCGCUGCUCCCCUGCCAGACAGCCUUCCUCAGUCUCAACCAUUCUUUCCAGCUGGAGCUCGAAAAUGCCCAGCUCCUCAAAAUUGUGAUCUUCUCCUGUGACCCAGCGGUACAGAGGAACCGUGUCUGCUGCCACGGAACUAUGUUUCUUCCCAUUGUUUUUCAAGGUUGCAGGUCUCAGCAGCUGGCUGUGCAGCUGCAGCCGCGGGGGCUCCUUUACAUCAAGCUCAUCCUGCUGGAUCAACGCGAGCCAGCCGGCGGCAUCCGCGAGCCACAGGUCUUUGGCGUGAAGCUGAGCCAGCUGGUGGACAGGGAGAGGGCCGCUGUCAAGGUGCCGCUGCUGAUCCAGAAGUGUGUGGAUCAGAUUGAGAAACGAGGACUGAAGGUUGUGGGUCUGUAUCGCUUAUGUGGCUCAGCGGUGGUGAAGAAGGAGCUGCGUGAUGCCUUUGAGAAGGACAGUUCUGGCGUGGUGCUCUCGGAAGAGUUCUACCCAGAUAUCAAUGCCAUUACAGGCAUCCUGAAAGACUAUUUGCGUGAGCUGCCGACGCCCCUCAUCACUAGCCAUCUCUACCAGGCGGUACUAGAAGCGAUGUCUAACCGGGCAGCGGGCCAAGAAGCCGAGGAGACAACAGGUCUUUUGGAUUGCUUGCCAGAGGCUGAGCAGGCAACCCUGCGGCUGCUGCUGGACCACCUCAGCUUGGUCGCCGCGUUUUACGACUUCAACCGCAUGAACGCCCAGAACCUUGCCGUGUGCUUUGGGCCUGUUUUGCUCAGCCAGGGUCCUGGGAGGACAGGGGACCUCUGCUCCCAGCACCCCACUGUUUCCAGCACCGUGGACUUCAAGCACCACAUUGAAGUUCUGCAUUACCUGCUGCGGGCCUGGCCGGCUCAGCGUAGGAUGGCCGGCGGGGAGGAACGCCCCCUUUCCAGGGAACAUCGGCCAGGUCACCUAUCUCUGGUCCUGCCUCUGCAGCAACCCCCAGUUGUAGUUCGGAGCCAUCCCAGAGGCCUGGAAAGCCCUCCUAGCCAUCGCUAUGCUGGGGACUGGAGCGUAUGCGGGCAACAGCUGUUACCAGGCCCCCCCGGGGGAAGCGAGGACCAAGAUGAGUUAGCUGGGAGCGGGAGCGACCGUGACGAAGACGGCGAAGGGGUUGCCCCGCGAGACGGUCUGAGAUGCCGCGGCCAGAGCAUCUUUGCCUUGGUGGAGGAUCCAGAAGCCACCUUCAGCCGAAGGAUCAGCCUGAAGGACUUCGAUGCUCUCCUGCUGGACCUGGAGCACGAACUCCGCAAACAGAUCAACGUCUGCCUGUGA